AUGGCCAGUACAUGCGUUGUUCCAGCUAGAUUACUAUUGUCAGUUGAUAACUGCUUUGAAGUUAAUCUCCUACGAGUUGAUCAAGAAAUAAAAUGUUUAUAUGUAAGAAGGGUAUGUGACGAAGGUCGGUACAAUGAGAUGAAAAUGCGUCUUACUAAAGCAGCGGUAGAGGAGGCGCAAAAAUCCUUGAAAUCAGUUUUGCAUCCACUUAACAUGAGCACAGUAUAUAUGAUAAGAACAGAGAAUGACUACUUGAGAGCAGUACUGCUCAAGAAGCAGCAAUCGAAAACAUUCUUGGUAAGUUCUAGAACAGUGCACAUCAUAUACUUGACCAGUUUAUAA